UAUAGUUGUGCAUGUGAAUUGUGAAGUAGAGGGGUUGCGGGCAUGGCAGCGUCGUUCAGGUGGAUACUGCAGCUACACAGAGACGUUCCAAAAGCUGCUCGGUUCUACUCAGAAGGGUUGGAUUUCACUACCAACGUCUGCACCCUUCGUUGGGCCGAACUCCAAUCUGGUUCUCUCAAGCUCGCCCUCAUGCAUUCUCAACUCGAGCAAGUGACACAGAAGGGAUACUCGUCGCUUCUAUCAUUCACUGUAACAGACAUCAACAGUACAGUGACUAAACUAAUAGCAUUGGGAGCCGAACUUGAUGGCCCUAUCAAAUAUGAGGUCCAUGGAAAGGUAGCAGCAAUGCGGUGUCUUGAUGGGCAUGUGCUGGGGCUCUAUGAACCUGUCUAAGAGCAGCAGCAUUCAGCAAUAGUCUGCUUUGGAUUCCCCCCUUCAAUUAUUGUGCUACUACUAUUACUAUAUAAUACCAGUUUCCAUUGCGUCGCGUGUCAAGCAAUGCCCCUCAGUUCUUGUAUGACUGAAAAGAAAGGGAUUCAGAUAUCUACAAAUAACGUGUCGUGUUUAUCGCCUAUUUUUCCCAACCCGUAUCUCCUACAAGUCACAUCAAAUCUUAUUUCUCUUUUGCGAAUUCAACUUUCCUCCUCUAUAUAUGUACCUUUCUUCAAUCUUAGCCUUAUUACUUGUACUUGUAUCACUAAAAUUGCUUCACAAAUUUCAAAUUUCUCAUUUAAAUCAAUCAA